AUUAAUGUUUGCUCUCUAGCUCUUACUCAUAGGCUUAGCCCAUUUAUCAUAAGGUUUAUCGUCUUCUUCUCUCUCUUGAUUAUAUUGAAAAUUUAAAUAUGGCUGGGAAGCGGUUCUUUAACGGUUCUAAAUCCGACCAAGAUCUUCCGGCGGCUGAGAUUCGGACAAAGAGGCCUAAGUUUUCUCUAGCUUCCGUUGUGGAAGAAGUCGUUAUGGUGAACUCCUUUCAGAACCUUUUCUCGUCUUUGGAACCUCUGCUUAGAAGAGUGGUGAACGAAGAGGUUGAGCACGUUCUAAGACAAUCCACUCGCCAUUUUAAUCGGUCAUCAUCACUUCGAAUCCAAGCCCUGGAGCCAUCAAGUUUACAACUAGUGUUCACCAAGAACCCAUUACUACCAAUUUUCACCGGAAGCAAGAUCCAAGACGUGGACGGAAAACCCCUUGAAAUUCAAGUGGUGGACAAAAGCGGCGAUCAAACGGUGCCUUUCUCAGUCCCCCACCCGGCCAAAGUUGAGAUUAUUGUUCUUGAUGGGGACUUCCCUCCAAGAGACGACUCUUGGACAAGGGAUCAAUUUGAUAAGAAUAUUGUCAAGGAGAGGGCCGGUAAAAGGCCUUUGCUUCACGGAGACUUGACCGUCACGUUAAGAGACGGUAAGGCUACGAUUGGAGAGAUUGAGUUCACCGAUAACUCCAGCUGGAUUCGGAGUCGGAAGUUUCGGAUCGGAGCGAGGCUUCUGCCGGGGUCCAAUUCUCAGGGUUUGAGUGUUCGAGAAGCGUUGACUGAGGCUUUUGUUGUCAAAGAUCAUCGGGGAGAAUUAUACAAAAAGCACUAUCCUCCCAAGUUGGAAGAUGAUGUGUGGAGGCUAGAGAAAAUCGGCAAAGAGGGAGCUUUUCACAAAAAGCUGUCUGCAAAUAAUAUUAAUACAGUACAAGACUUCUUGAAGUUGUCUGUUGUCGACACAAAUAAGCUUAAAGAUAUUUUAGGCAUUGGGAUGUCAGAAAGAAUGUGGGAGGUAACUCUAAAGCAUGCCAAGACUUGUGAAAUGGGCAACAAAAUGUACAUAUACCGUCCAAGUCAGCUCUCUACCAUAUUCCUUAAUCCUAUUUGCCAACUUGUCAGGGCUGAGAUUAAUGGAGAAGUCUUCUGCUACGGCUGCAAGCAGUUUAGCAAUAAUAAGGCCUACUUUGAAAGCUUGGUAAAGGAAGCAUAUGCUAAUUGGAAUUCACUAGAAGUAAUGAUGGACGUAGCUAUUGUGAAUGAGAUCAGUCCUACUGCCCUAUUAACACAAGGAGAUAUUAGUAUGGAUCAGGCGCAAUACCACAACCAGGGUCAUGCUUUGGCGAUUAAACCGUUUGAGCAAACGGAGCAUCAAACUGAAGAUAAUAAAGCUAUGUUGAGUAUGGGUUAUGUGGUUCCGAGCAAUGUACAGAUGGAUUCCACUGAUUGGAUGCAGGGGAACACAGUACUACAAUACAAUAACAAUGUUCACAGCAAUAAUAGUAUUUAUGGUAACAUCAAUAAUACUACUGGCAUUGGGGCUACCCACUCGGAGUCUUCCUCCGAUGGUGAUAUUUUAGCAUCUCGACGUUUUAGUUGAUAUAUAAGGAGAAAAGCAAAAAAAAGUCAACUUGAAAUUUCUCCCUCAUAUCAAUUUUAAUUUAUAUAUAUAUAGGUCGUUUCGAAAGUGAAACUGUAUUGUCCGAGUUUCAAAUAGGUUGUGAAUAAUAUCUACCUACCCAGGUUCUAGGAUCCUGUUAUUCCAAUUCAUUAAAUGUACUGUUUUUCAUGUUUUUUCCCCUUUAAUGUAAAUCAUUUUAGGCA